GAGGAGGCGAGGAGACGUGCUGAGUCACGAAGGUGAUUGUUUACACUGUCACUCUCCCCAGGCUAGCCAACCCUCGCUGGCCCCUUCUUGCAGGUCAGCCAACCCUUCCGACGCCAGCAAGUACCGUACUUAGCAAGCAAGCAUACAUGGGCUGACCUCAGGCUGGGAAGUGUACAUCGACAGCAGACUACGAGCACUGGAUCCAAUUUUUUCUUCUUCAAGAACAAUGGAUAUCCUUGAAACAGAGCUCAAGGAAUUACAGCAGUGUGUGCCUCGUGUGAUAGCUGACAGCAUAGUGGAGGCCUGUGUUCCUGCUAUGGUCCGUGUGAAAAUUGAGAAGACAAAAUACAAGACCAUCACAGCAUGUUUCCAGUUUGAUGAUGAAUACCCUAAAACACGAACCCUCAUAGAGCUGAAGAGUCGAUACAUUUCUUCAAAGCUACUUGAUGGCUUGACAAGACUAAGUGAAGAGGUGGCUGACAAACACCUAGGAAAACCACAGGUCCUGCACAUCUUGAGAUUUGUCCGAAACUUCAUUGAUGAGAAUCCACUAUGCUGUUGUUCAGAGGAAAUUUCCAACAUAAAGAAAAAAUUGAUAGAGGGAUCAGAUGAGCUUAAACUUCGCCAGAAGACCUCCUCUGUCAUUCUGAAAGUUAAGCAGGGCCAGUACUACUUGAAAUACAACCUGAUUAUACAAGAAAACUAUCCAGAUCAACAAAUAAAAAUAGAGGAAAAGGAAUGCAACUACCCACCAGUAUUCCGGCGAUGGUUUUCUGCACAGUCCUUGGAAAUUGCUCGGAAGUGUGUUGAGCCACCUGCUAAAAAGAAGCCAAAGGACCCGCCUUUUGUGCUGAAACCAUCUAUGGAGCCUGUGGUGUCCUUUCUGAUAGAGGAGGCACACAGAUAUGUUGAAAUGAAGUGUAAAGUCUGUGGCAAGAAGGCCUUCCCAGAAGAUCCAAAGGACAAUGAUCCAGAUGAGUAUGCUCCCAUGAACGUAGAGCGUGUGUACUGCGGCCACAUUUACCACCACAAGUGCCUUGAUACCUACAUCAAGACUCCACCAUUCAUGAAAGGUAAAACUUGUCACACCUGUGGCAUGAAGAUUUAUCAUGAAAAGUGGAAAUUAACACCAGAAACAGUAGAGGCUCGAUGGGCACAUAAACAGGCUAAGCAGAGAGAAUUAGAUGAAGUAGUUGAUUUUCUCAGCUAGUGUUUGCCACCCUCUUACAAGUAGCAAUGGAAAGUAGGUAGCUUGGUAGGUUUAUACUAUGUGAAUAACCAAAACUGUUGGCUUUUGGUUCUCAUGGAAAAAAAUACUCACCUGUGUCUUCUAUUUUGUAUAAUAUGGUAAAUUAUUUAGAAAUGAAUGUGGUUAAUAAUCCUCUUUUGUCAAUAACUUCAUGAUAUAUAGCAUCAUUGUAAUCAUGUACAUUGUAUGAUCUCUUGCAUAACAGCUCAUGGCAGAGAAUAAGAAUUCUACAUCAGACAAUCAGAGAUGAAAUUGGUAUAGUGAAGUGUGUAAUGUUAGCAGGCCCCAUGUUUCCAUAAUAUAGGAGAUUGAGGAAUGAGCAUGUGAAUCUUAUCCUCUUGUAACUUCUUUCACUUAAGAAGACACUUUCAAAACAAGAAUCUAGUGUUUACAUUCAACAUCUUGAGGGUCUGGUGUGUCUAGGCAGGCAUGUAUGGGGUUGACUAUGAUCCUGUAUUGCUCAUUAACCCCUUAACCCUGGGCAUAUUUUAUGUUCACUCCUCUCCCCAUCCUGGAAUAUGCAGUGAUUUUUUUCCCCAUUUAAAAAAAUUGCCCCCCAAAAAACUUAACCUAGAGUAAUGAAACAAACACUACUUCUGCAAGUACUAACCUUUGGGUCCCCAAUGGUGGUGUCAGUGGACCAGUAGAAAGAGAAUCAAUAUUUUUCAGAAUUUUUAUAUUUGGUAAUUUUUCAAAAUAUUUUUAUUUUUGUAUAUAUUUUCUUAUUUUCAAUGUCACAAAAGUUUUCCAAAAUAAUAUUGUAUUUGCCAGUAUUAUAGGUGUACUUUUUUCUUGAAAAGUGUGAAAAAUUCAGCAUGCAUCUUGGACACUGAAUGACCUAGGACUAUAGUAAGUGUAAAGAUCAGAAAAAAUGUUUUUUUUUUGUUGAAGGGCUGUGACGAUCUAACAAACCCAGUUUACCCUGGCAGUGUCCUCUGAUGAGGAGGCAGCAGGCACUGUUAUUGUUUUGUUGUUGGUUUUGGACUAUGCGUGGGAAUUGCCAACUCCAGGGUGUCAUUUGUAUCAUCAUUUGUAUGGUUUGUCAAGUUUGUGUGGUUAUAAACAAAAGGUUGUAGUAAAGCAGGUAAUACAUGCUGCAUAUUCCAGUGGUAGUGUGAGGUUUAACGACACUCCCUUUACAAGUCUUGGUCUUGGUAAUCGGCUGUGUGAUGCUAGUCAUAGCAGACUCGCUGUGGUGGUCCCAACUUGUCUAGGUCAUUUAGGCAUUGGCUCUUGGGGGUAUCCCCCCUCUCCACCACUCUGCCACAUCAGUUCCAACACCCAUCUCUUUUUCCCUUAUGUUGGCUAUUUACUACUCUCAAACUAUAACACUUGAAAAUGGGUUGCCUUUGACACUGGUAAUUACAGUAUAUCUUAUAAUGAAAGGCUAUGUAACAUAGCUUUCAUGAAGUUGUAACACUAAAAUUCAGCCACUUUUCGAUAACUUUUUCACGUAUAUUUUACAACACUUGAUCACUGUCCGGCCUUUCCCUUAUAAUCUGAAACACACUCAGUUACUGUCUGAUCUUUGUCUUAUCUAGAGUGAAGGCAGUAAGUCAUGUGACCCAAACUCAAGCCUUAAGACCACCACUACUUGUACAAAAAUUGAGCAGAGGACUACAGUUGUCACUCGUGGUUGAGGGGUUAAUGGUGUAGAGAGAGAGAGAGAGAGAGAGAGAGAGAGAGAGAGAGAGAGAGAGAGAGAGAGAGAGAGAGAGAGAGAGAGAGAGAGAGAGAGAGAGAGAGAGAUAGAGAGAGAGAGAGAGAGAGAGAGAGA